AUGGAGCUCAGGUCUCGUACCCCAGGUUCUUCCUCUUCCAAAGGUAAGGAGAAGCUCCAGUACACAGAGAGUUCGGAUGAGGAUGAUUAUGGUCCGAUCUCUUCGGAUUCGGACUAUAAUGCUACGGUUGAUGGAGGCGAAGGAUUGUCGAACGUGCUUGAAGACCCUAGUGGGGAAGAGGCUGUACACUUAACUUUUUCUUCGGAUUUUACAUCUGAAACUAGUGAUGAUGAACUUCAGCGUGUCUCGAAAAGGAGGAAAAGGAAAAUGAAUACCUCUAAGAGUGGAGAAGGACCGAGUCACAAUGUUCAGGCCAACUAUGAAGGAAAUACAAACACUGUCGAGAUUAAUUCUAGUGGGAUGAAAGAGAAAAAGCGUGGGGGAAGAAGGAAUAAGAAGAAGAAAACUGAUAAACCCAUAUUGAUGUGGGAAGUACAAGAGGAGGAGAUGAAAAGAUGGGUUGACGAGAAUCUUCUUCUCGACACAGACUUGACAAAUCAGAAUGAAAUCGUGACUGAAACUGCAAAGCCUUCAGAUGACUUGAUAAUACCACUGCUCAAAUACCAGCAGGAAUGGCUAGCUUGGGCUUUGAAGCAAGAGGAAUCUAAUGUUAGGGGAGGUAUUCUUGCAGAUGAGAUGGGAAUGGGAAAAACCCUUCAGGCAAUAGCUCUUGUUCUUCUCAAACGAAAUAUCUCGAGAGAACUCGUCCGGCAGCAAUUAUCACCUACAGCCUCACCGAGUUCUUCAAAAGAGCUACCGGCAAUCAAAGGCACACUUGUCAUAUGCCCAUUGGUUGCUGUCAUGCAGUGGGUUAGUGAGAUCGAUAAAUGCACUUCAAAAGGAAGUACCAGAGUGCUCGUCUACCAUGGCGCUAACCGAGCGAAAAAUCAUUACGAGUUUGCCGACUAUGAUUUUGUCAUAACAACAUAUUCGAUUGUUGAGAGGGAAUACAGGAAGUAUGUGAUGCCUCCAAAGGAGAAAUGUCAUUACUGUGGGAAAUUGUUCUAUGAAAAUAAGUUGAAAAUUCAUUUGAAGUAUAUGUGCGGGCCUUUUGCUGUUAGGACAGAAAAGCAGGCAAAGCAGCAGAGGAAAAAUCCAAAGACGAAAAAGCCGGCGGACUCUGAAUGCAGUAAGAAGAAAGGAAAGAAGCAUGACAGUAUUGAGAAGGAAAUGGAGAAUGACUAUCCAGAGGAGGUUACGGAUGAAGAAAGGACGAUUUUGCACUUUGUGAGGUGGGAGCGAAUCAUAUUGGAUGAGGCACAUUAUAUAAAAGACAGGCGCUCUAACACAACUAGAGCUGUCCUUAACUUACAAUCUCGUUAUAAAUGGGCACUAAGUGGCACUCCCCUUCAGAAUAAUGUGGGAGAGCUCUAUUCUCUUGUUCGGUUUCUGCAGAUAGUUCCUUACUCUUAUUACUUGUGCAAGGACUGUGAUUGUCGUCAACUUGAUUACAGUUUAAGGAAUUGCCCAGGCUGUGGUCAUAUAAAUUCUCGGCACUUCUGCUGGUGGAAUAGAUAUAUAUCUUCACCAAUGAAAGAAUCUGGAAAUAAUGGGCGCGGCAGAGAGGCCAUGCUUUUGUUGAAGCACAAAAUUCUCAAAAGCAGUGUGUUAAGACGUACCAAAAAGGGCAGAGCUGCUGACCUGGCGCUUCCAACUAAAAUUGUUACUUUAAGACGCGAUACCCUGGAUGUUGUCGAAGAAGAUUAUUAUACUGCACUGUACAAGGAGAGUCAGGCACAGUUCAACACAUAUGUUGAGGCUGGAACAGUAUUGAAUAAUUAUGCCCACAUAUUUGAUUUGCUAACACGCCUUCGACAGGUAUAUAGUGCUGAGCCAGUUCCCUUAAACACCUUGCCUCAGUUUAAAGAGUACAAAGCUGUUUAUUUUCUUCCCAGUUUGUUCAGAGUUUAUAUUCUGGCAGUUGAUCAUCCAUACCUUGUGGAGUAUUCACUUUCUGCAAUGGAAAGGAAACGUAAAGCAGUUGAAAGUAGCAAUGAUCAGAUAUGUGGUUUAUGUCAUGACCCUGAAGAAGAUACAGCGGUUGCAUCAUGUGGACAUGUCUUCUGCAGAGCUUGUUUGAUUGAUUUUGGUACUAGCAUGGGGCAAAACUCCUGCCCUUCUUGUUCAAAGCCACUUACUGUUGAUUUCACCUCGAAUAAAGAUAGCAAGGAGCAGAGUUCGAAAACAACUGUCAAAGGAUUCAGACGAUCAAGUAUUCUGAAUAGAAUUCAGCUCCAUGAGUUUCAGACAAGUACUAAAAUAGAAGCCUUGAAAGAAGAAAUCAGGUGUAUGAUUGAAAGAAAUGGUUCUGCCAAGGGAAUUGUCUUCAGCCAAUUCUCGUCUUUUCUGGAUCUCAUACACUACUCCCUUCAAAAGUCUGGAGUAAGCUGUGCUCAAUUAGAUGGGUCCAUGUCCAUGGGGGCCCGAGAUUCUGCAAUUAAAAGAUUUAUCGAGGACCCUGAUUGCAAAAUCUUCCUAAUGAGCUUGAAAGCAGGAGGCGUAGCCCUCAAUCUCACAGCCGCAUCACAUGUUUUCUUGAUGGAUCCUUGUUGGAACCCAGCUGUCGAGAGGCAGGCUCAGGAUAGAAUAUACCGAAUAGGACAACAUAAACCAAUCCAGAUAUUCAGAUUUAUUAUUGAAAAUACUGUUGAGGAGAGGAUAUUGAAGAUGCAGGAGAAGAAGGAACUGAUGUUUGAAGGGACUGUGGGAGGAUCUUCCGAGGCUCUAUCGAAACUGACCGUUGAUGAUUUGAAGUUUCUGUUCGUGACAUAA